AUGAGCCAUGGAGUUCUUUUGCAGGUUUCUGUUUAUAACGACGGCAGUAAUGAUGAAACAAAAAAUAUUUUAGAAAAUUAUCGUCCAUUGUUUACUGCGCACUCUGUUGAUUAUAUAGUUACUCACUGUUCAGAUUCUAACGGUAUUCGCGUCUUGAAUGAUAUAUUAAGGGUUGGAUUUGCAAAGAACCGGGCGAUUGCAAAAAGCUGCGGCGAGUUCUUAUGUUUUUGCGAUGCUGAUGACGUCUUUCUAAGUUGUCGAAUCGUGGCGCAGUUGAAAGUAGCUCUUCAGUGUGACAACCCAUCAUUUACCCUCAUUGGCGGAAAAUUUAAAAGAAUUCCUGAGUUUUCCACAGAGAGAUACACAAAAUGGGCAAAUUCUUUAAAUUCUUCUCAACUGUAUAAACAAAUUUACACAUCUCAUGGUCCAACGCUUAUUGCUCCGACUUGGUUUAUGUCUCGCAAAUUGUAUGAUGCAGUCGGCGGUUUUGAUGAAAGCCGAGCUUUUGGUUAUCCUGAAGAUCUAAAGUUUUUUUAUGAUGCUUUGAAACUGGGCGUUAAGCUUAUACGAGUGGAUGAGUACGUGACUAUUUAUCGGUAUCAUCCAAAGUGUGCUUCUCUGAAAGUUGAUGAGUUGGAGAUUUGGUCUUUGAGAAUUAAAGAAGUGUCUGAGUGUGUAAUUUCUCACUGGGACCGUUUCAUGAUAUGGAGUGCUGGAAAGCAGGGGAAGCGUUUUUUUAACGCUCUGUCGAUUAAUGACCAAAAGAAGGUGGUUGCUUUUUGUGAUGUGGACGUAAAAAAAGUCAGACGGGGUUAUUUUGAACAGUUUGAUGCGAAAACCCGAGCCGUUACUGCAAAAGUGCCUAUAUUACCUAUUAGUGCGGCGGUACCACCUGUGGUAAUAUGCGUUAAACUGGACCUCACUGGGGGAAAUUUAGAGCAGUUUCUGAUUCAAAAGAACUGGCGUGAAGGCGACGAUUAUUUUCAUUUUAGCUAG